AUGCCACAAUCGUUCACAUCCAUCGUAAAGACAGGGGACUACAUACUAAGGUCCCCGCUGCUGUCGAAACUGUGUGUCCCACUGGCCACAAAGUUUGUCAAUCUGGCUGGGUACAGGAAACUGGGACUGAGAUAUAACGACUUGUUUUCCGAGGAAAACCCGAUAGUGCAGACCGCCCUGCGCAGACUGCCAGAAGAGCAAUCUUAUAGCCGGAACUACAGGAUAAUUAGGGCCCACCAAAGCGAGCUGACACACCAUUUAGUUCCCAGGAACGAAUGGGUAAAAGCUCAGGAGGACGUUCACUAUUUAUUGCCGUAUAUUCUCGAGGCUGAGUCUGAGGCUGCUGAGAAGGAUAGUUUGGACCAUCUGGAGAUACGCAAGGCCUAA